CAUAAAGAAAACACUCUUCAAUAAUUGUACACUGGAAACCAGAUUUCUAAAAAAAAAAGUUUCCAUAUAAUUUACAAAAAGAAGUCAGACUUUUGAAUUGCAAGGGUAAUGUGAUUACUUUAAUGUUUUUGCUUAAGCUUUAUUGCUGCGGUAUUUAAGUGCAAAAUGAAACACCAAUCUUAGCUUUUGAUGCUAACAGUGGUAAGCACUAAAACCUGAACACUAGAUUUAGUAAAACCUACCAGAUGUUCUAAGUUCCUCCAGACUUGUUUUUAUUUAUUUAAUUUGGCAGUAAUAUGGACAAGUUUAGGUUAGUAGUUCCUUUUUAGAAGCCAUUUCCUGAACUAUGGAGAUCUGCCGCCUUACAGCUCAGUGCUAUUAUAAACGGUGACAGAGAAAUAAAUCUUUGUGUCUCAUCUUAUUUAUGCCUCAUGGAAGUCAUGGCUCAUUAAUUCAAUCAAUUUUAAAAAUACUGACAUCAACAAAUCUAAAUUCUGGUUAAUUAUUUUUAUAAGUAUUUUUAUAGUUUAUAAGUACAGAUAACAUGAUGUGCUGAGACGAUUUACAUCCCAUCAGGUCUGGUCAUUGGGGGAAAGCGACGCGUGUAAAUUUAGCUUUUAAUGCUCCAUGAUUCUGGCAGCUGUAGACGGAGAGCGUUGGUUCUGCCUCGGUGUUUAUGGUUACGGACAGAACCGACAACUUUCCACCUGAGCAGUUAUAUCACCUGAGGAUUCUCCUGCACUGCGGAAAAGUUACCUCCACUAAUACAUUAUCCACAGGACAUUGCCCCACUGCAACUCAAACUUGUCUGUUAGGUUUUUUAUGUGAGAGAAUGGAUAUCCAAGAGGUCAUGGACUAUGACACCAUCACCUCUUUCCUGGGAUCCUGGGGACGCUUUCAGAUGAGGAUUUUUUUAGCGCUCUCCAUCAGCAUAAUUCCAAAUGGAUUUGUUGGCGUCUACAUUGUUUUUGUAGGCGCCACCCCGCCUCAUGAAUGCCACAUCCCUGAGAAUAUCAGCAUCAGUGAGAUGUGGAGGAAUGUGUCAGUCCCACUGGAAACAGUCCAUGGCGUCACAAAGCGCAGCUCCUGCUGGAGGCUUAACCUGGAAACAGUCAGGAACUACUCUCAAAAGAACUUCAUCCCAAAUGUGGAUGUGAAUGUCAGUGAAAUUCCCCUGGAGACGUGUUUGGAUGGAUGGACAUACAGCAAAGAAAUCUACCAGUCAACCAUCGUUACAGAUUGGAACUUAGUAUGUGAGAACCAAUACAAAAACCCACUGACUACCUCCAUUCAUUACAUCGGAGUUCUGUUCGGAGUUCUGUUCUCAGGCCAGCUGUCUGACAGAUUUGGAAGGAAGCCCAUCCUGUUUGUCAUGAUGGUUGUUCAAACUGUGGGGCUAACAGCACAGAUCUUCUCUCCAGGCUGGGAGGUCUUUCUCCUAAUUUUCUUUAUUGUUGGUGCUGGGGGAUACUCCAACUAUGUCAUUGCAUUUGUUCUGGGAGCUGAAGUUCUGAGCCCUAAAACCAGAGUGGUUUUCUGCUCACUCGGCGUAUUCAUGAGCUCAGCUUUGGGAUACCUGGCCAUGCCUGUCGUAGCCUUCUUUCUCCGUGAAUGGCGGAUGCUGCUGAUCGCCAUGGCUGCCUCUGGCCUUAUCUACAUCCCUCUGUGGUGGUUUAUCCCAGAGUCUCCUCGCUGGCUGCUGACUCAGGGGAGAGCAGCCGAAGCAGAAGCCAUUCUUAAAGAUGCAGCGAAGCUGAAUAAAGUCGAAGCUCCAGACGCCAUUUUUACACAACCAGAGAUUGAAAAAAUAUUGAUGAUGCAAGACAAGAAAUUCAACAUUUUGAUCCUUCUGAAAAGCUGCAACAUUUUCUCCACAGCGUUGCUUUCUUCAAGCUUGUGGUAUGUGUGCAGUAGAAUUAUAUUAUUAGUCUCACCUGUACUGAAGAUUUGUCCUGAAUUGUUUGGCAGGAUGAUCGUCGCCAUGAACUACUUUGCUUUAAUCCUCAACACCUCGAACCUGCACGGCGACCCGUACCUGAACUGCUUCCUGUCUGCUGCUACAGAGGUUCCAGCCUACAUUGUUGUCUUGUUGCUGCUGCGCUACUCCUCCAGACGCCUCUGUCAGUCUGCCACACUCUUACUUGGAGGCAUUUGUGUAAACCUCAUUCCGACAGAUUUUCCCGGCGUGUCUCUGCUGCUGGAGAUGGUGGGAAAAUUUGGCAUCACGUCGGCUUUCUGUGUUUUGUACGCCUUCACGGCGGAGCUCUUCCCGACCGUAAUCAGGAAUACAGCCAUGGGAUGUUGCUCCACAGCCGCACGGAUCGGAACCAUCAUCUCCCCAUUCAUCAUUUAUCUAGGGUUUUACUUCAGGGCUCUUCCAUACGUAGUGAUGGGUGUUAUGGCCGUCUGUGGUUCUGGUUUCUGCUUCAUGCUGCCAGAAACUCAUGGAAAAGCUUUACCAGAGGAGCUAUCAGACAUGCAACAGCUACAUGGGAACUGUGUGAAUAAGAAAAAGGAAGCAGAAAAUGAAGAGAACACACAUAUAUAAUGGGUAAAUGUUAUUACAAAUCUGCUGCUUCUGCCGAAGAUUUUCUCUAUUUGUUGGGCUUGUCUUAAAGACUGACUGAAAAUAACUGAUUUAAAUUUUCAGAAGGUAUUUUAUUUUUUUAAUGCCAUAUCUUUCUUAUGAUUUUAUGAACAGACCAACACUUUAUUGGAAAUAAGCAGUAAAAUGAUACAAAUUGUCUAACAAAUAAAAAUCUGACAACUAGUUGUG